CCUCUCUGUCUAAUUGCCCUAAUAUCUCUCCCUCUCUCUCUCUGCACCGCUCGCCAGCGCCGUGGCCACCACCGUCCACCGUCUCUCUCCGCCGGCGUUACUACCGGUAGAAUAAUAUUUGAGCACCAACGGUGAAAAAGUUUCCAUUUUUAUACAAUACGCAACCCUCAACAGUGCUAGGGUUUGUCCGAGGCAAGUUAAAGAGGUAAACGAUGGUUGAAACACUUUUAGAGGAUAUCUUUAGAGUUGAGCGAGUCGACCCAGAUGGUAAAAAGUUUGAUAGAGUUUCUCGAAUUGAAGCAGUCAGUGAGCAGCUUGAUAUGCACAUGCAGCUAGAUGUAAACACAGAGAUAUAUCCUCUUCAUGUUGGGGAGAAAUUCAUGAUGGUAUUAGCAUCCACUCUAAACUUGGAUGGAACACCUGACAGUGGUUAUUAUACUCAGGGUGGAAGGAAGUCACUUGCAGACAAGUUUGAAUAUGUCAUGCAUGGGAAGUUAUAUAGGAUCUCAGAUGCUUCAGGACCAAAUGUUAAAGUGGAGAUGUGUGUAUCAUUUGCAGGGCUUUUGAUGCUGCUGAAAGGGGACCCUACUACUGUUGCACAGAAGUUUGAGCUUGACCAGAGGUUGUUUAUCCUCAUCAGGAAGGUCUGAAACUCUAUUGUAAAUCACGAACAAACUUAUUUCCAUUUUGGCUCAAAGAAUAUGUAAUCUGAGAUGCUCCUCAAUUUCUGAACUUUGGAUUUUACUGUUAUAACAGUUUAGAAACCCUACUUAGAGAUAUAUUAUGAAGUGUGGGUGUAUUCUCACGCAUGCUUGUGUAUUUGAACCACAUCUUUUAUUAAUAAAUAUGGUUAAGGAAGAACAUUCUGGCU